AUGGCGGCACGGCUGGACGCUCUUGCACGGGUGUUCUUCACCCCAUCAAGCCUCUGCUCGCCACGCCAGUCGCGGUGCCACGAUCUCUCCUGCGGCAGCAACUCCACGGAGGCGGUGGACGUGGGCGCACGGGAGACGGACGGGAGCGCGGCGCCCAAUUCGUUUCUGUGGGAGGCGCUGACGGAGGCCCAUGAUAAUAUGAACACCACCAGCAGCAGUUCGCAUAGGAGGCGGCCGAUGCAGUCUAUGCCUUACGAAGAAGAGCACUUUUUCCCUCCGCUGCUGCAGUAUUUUAGUGAGUUGGCGAUGGGAAGCGCAACCAUGUCAUCUGCUACACAUGCGCUUCUGGUCGCGCCCUCUGGUAUGGCGUCAACAACAGUGACACCCACAGCAAGAACUGCGGCAACAGGGGGAUAUACGUCUAUGCGACGACAGACACAACGACGUUUUGUAGAAGGUGCCAGCAGUGUUCUUAGGGCGCGUCGCUCAUUUGCACACAAGCAAUGCCAGUCAGAUUGCCACACCAAAGGAGCUGCAUGCAAGGCAUUUGGACAUGCCCAUUCAUUACAUGGCCUUCGUGCAUCAUCUUCCUUACGCCACUCUGGCGUACAUGCGGAUCCCCUUUCUCCGGACCGGAUCGACGUCUUUGCAAAUUAUCCACAGCCGCCAUUGACCGACGGCGGUGACUCCUACGAGGCGCUGGAAAGGAAUUAUCAAAGAGGACUUAAUGCAUUGGUAGGGCUGGUCGAGCAUUUCAAUCGCUUCUUCAUGCAUGAACGGGGUUCCGCAGCCAACGCCUCAAAUUCUCUGGGAAAACGAGCGGCGAAUGCGGAGACUGUUUCCGCCCCCGCCUCGAGUGCAUCUGCAGGACCAAGUGACCACCGCGAUGCGAUUUUGAAUCGCCUCAACAUUCUUCUACGUGAUCUUGCGGGUCAUGGAGAGCGUGCACUCGCGUUACAUGUCAUUCUUCGGACCAUUUCCUGGCGGUUUGCAAGUAAAAAUGAACGUGUCACAAUUUUAUUUAACCACCUUCGUACAUGUUUACCAACAGCCCGCAUGUCUAUAGUAACACUUGCCAUGGAGGUGUGGGGGCAGUUACAUGUCAUCGAAGCAAGCUCGUCUGUGUAUCUUAAGAUCACAUCGGAGCUUAUCUCACUUGCGUGUGAUUUUCUGCUUUACGACAAUACAUUGGCUGAGCAACUGACAGGUCUUGUCAUUAUCCGUCAUGUAGCGCUGUGGCCGACAUCGCUUUACCGAGCCCUUUUAUCCAAUGAGAGGGACUCGCUUUUCUUAGCCACAUGGACGGCGAUAACGAACGAUGGAUCUCCGGCAUUUAUUCGGGAACUUGCGGCGGAGGCGUUACGUGCGUUAUUUGUUAUUGCCUUGGAACAAAGGAACUACCGUUCUGUCAAUAGCGUACUUCAACAUGCCAUUGCGUUGUUGCUCGUCCCUGAGAUGAAGGCGGAGUUGCCAGGCUCUUUUUCUCUUUUGCCCUCUCCACAAUAUCCGCCUGGAGAUGAGGGACUGCGUGAUGCUACCACCGUUCCUGCUGGAAAACAACCGCAGGCUACUUCAAUACCGGCCUUGACGAAGCAUCGGCGUGGUGAUGAAAAAGCUGCUGGUGGAGUAACGAACAAAAAAGGCUCUGGUGCGGGUGCCUCUUUAAAACUCUUUGCUCAACUCAAGCGGAGGAUUGUGACGAUUGGUCGAAGUCUCUUUGGCAUCUCUGAACGACGUCGAUGGGUGAGUCAAGGCUUAAGAAGUUCAUCUGUUAACACUGUUGUGAGUCUGAGGGAUACUGCGGCGGCAAGCGUGGAGCGGGAUUCGGCUAUUUCUGUUGGCUCUUGUUUAACGUUUCCGGUCUUUUCCGGCACACGGAGCGGCGCCUCAUUUGUGACGCAGAGGAAACUGCAGAAACGCCUCUCACAAGUACCACCACCACAAGAUCGUGAGACCGCUCUUCAUGCCGGGACACUUGUCGUGGGCGCGUUUGUGAGUGCCGUGCGGUCCUGCUUUCCAAAUUGGGAGCCAUCCGUUGUGGACUUUUCAGAGGGCCAGUUAACUGCCACAGAUCUCGCGACGCCGCCCCACCCCACGCGGAGAACAACAGGGGUGGCCGCAACGACGUCAACAACAACAACAACAACAACAGCAGUGAGAAACGCCGGAGAAAUAGGCCCCUCACAACAACGUCUCUGUGGUUCCUCUUCUUUUUGUUUUGCUAACGUUUGCGGUGGGAGAAAAGAGACGCCUUCCGGCCGCCAUGCCUCCGACUUACCGCUGGCCUCUGAGGACGAUCAUAUGGAGAACAUGUCGCAUAGCAGUGAGACGGAUGACUUUGCGGGAUAUGCGCGGCGCCAUCAGGCGGAGGAGGAGGAGGAGGACGAUGCCGAGGAUGGAGAGGAUGAUGAUUAUAAUGAAGACAACGGGGUGGAGUGGCUCAGUCUUCGCAGCUCUGCUUCCAUGGGCCACCGCUCACUAACGGCGCCUGUUCUUUUGCGAAAUCGACAUUCGUUGCUUUCUUCCCCGGGGAAUAAGACCGUACCGAUGCACCGUAGCUUGUCCAACCCCAGAAAGGGAAGCGCCACCACGGUUGCGGCUGCUGCACCAGAAACAGUGAUGGUGCCGGCACCUUUGGCUGGAGGGGACGAGGGAAUAGCAAAGGGAGAAGUAUUAUCCCCUCCCUCUGACGACGCUUUGGGGCAGCACCCCGUGCAGCAAAAUCGGCAAUACCAUCAUCAUCAUCAUUCCCAUCAUAAACCACGUCGGACGGAUUCUGGGGAGCGUCACGCCCGACAGUUAUCACCGCAGAUGUGUGUCGGAGGCCGUAAGAUGGCAGAGUUGGAGAACUUCAUUACCCCUCAUACACUGCGUAAGCUGUUGGCACUUUGCUACUCUCACGCCACACACGAGGCAGCGCUUCCGUUGACACCUCCAUCCCAUCCAUUUUCUUCAUUGUAUACCGAGCGUCUACUGCCUAUUUUAGCUCUUUACAACCCAUUUAUUCUGAGUAAUGAGGAUGUGGGGAUGGCGUUGCGUUUACUCAUUGGCCGUGCUGUUGUGGCUUUUUGCGAUCCUGUUCAAGGACCCCCAUGUGGUGCUGGUGGUGAGGAGCUACAUCGGGGCACUGCCUUUUCGGCAACAUACCGCGGGAAUGAAAUUCGCAGUCUUGCGCUUAUAAAUAUUGGGCUUUUUCUUGCCGCUAUUGCCAGUUCCCACCCCGACAUUUUUCAGGCGACUGUUAUGCGGCAAUUUUAUCCCCUGUUGUUUAGCGCGCUGCAGCACGACACACCGAAAUACUGCCCAGCCGCUUUUCCCGUUCUUGCUUUGCUCGUACAUAACAUUCCUGAGGUGUUUCUUGAACGGUUUCAUCCAAUUGUGAAGCAACUGACGGAGUUGGCCCUCUCGGCUCCAUUCACCACUGAAAUGACGGGCAUGGCUGCGAAGGUUUGCGAUAUUUAUCAGGAACUAAGACCAAGGUGUCAGACUGCCCUGCUACAACGCAUUGCCGAGGUCCUUACAGAGUGCGGUGCAAGGCAGGGCUCUCGUGUGGAUGGCGGCAGCGAUACAAAGCGUGAUGGGAAGAAAGCUAAGACGAAAACUUCUUCAGAAUCAUUUGAUGAUUCCACCACGCUGCUGGCUAAAAGUUUUUUUAAUUUAGAGGAAAAGAUCACAUGUUUUCGUGUGUUACAGGGGUUUUGUAUGGAAUGGGAAGGGACCGCCUUCUUUUUCCUUGAGGUGUGCAUGCCGUACAUGUCGCAUCGUCAUGCCCCCUUGCGUCGGGAAUGCGUUCUUUCAUGUGUGAAUCUUCUUCUUUCUGAUUGCUUCCAUGCCAUCCCACAGGAGACAGGCAAACGAUCCUUUUUGGGUGGACGUAUCCAUCGGGCAACAUGUCGACCACGACGUCUGUUUCUGACAGGCAUCAACAAUAGCACGGAACACGCAACAAUUCACUCUGCCAAGGCGAUGAUGAACACGCGGGGUGUGGGUCCGGAGCCCGAUUACCGAUCGGCACUCACAGGGAGUCUGCACCGACGUCAGAAUAGUUCUCCUGUCGCUGUCGCCGCAGCCACCAGGAGGAGGCGGAUGCCCGACACCACGACGAAGAUGGCCAGUCAUAGCGAAAGGAACAGCAACCCGGUUUUUUCGCCGGAGCCAGAUGUGGCGGUGACGUGUGAUCGACACACGGGUCGAUCUCAUAUCAACACCUUGCGUGAAGUCCUCCAUCGUCUUGUCGAGGUUGCCGUGUGCGACCCAGAGGAGUCCAUUCGCCACGUGGCACUUAAAAACCUCACAGUGGAGACGGAUCAAUUCCUAUGCACGGAUGCAGCAAUCUUAGAUCUACUUUUUGCCGCCUUCAACGACGCAUAUUUGCCCAACCGGCUGGAGGUGGUCCGCAUUUUACGUCGCAUUGCACAAUGCACCUAUUCCGUCGUUUACCCACGGCUGCGGAAGUUAUUUUUGCAGAUGUUACGUCAUUUUCAGGAUCGUAUUUUCCUUUCAUAUUCUCAACAUGAAGGGAAGGUGAACACAACGGUAAACAUCACUGCAGAAGAACUGCAGUUACUCUUUGAGUUGGUCCAGGCCGUUCCACACUCUAUUUCACUUCACUUGGAUAGUAUACUACGGCUAUUGCGGGAAAUACUCUUACCACACCACACAGCAGAGCGGGGUACGGUGAUUAUAGCCCUUCAUAUGCUAUCGUACUUUAUGGAUGAAAGUACACGUGAGGAGUGGACUAAAUUUGAACUUCUUUUGGAGCUUCUUGCGGGGCAGUUGCUGCUCCGUGACGGUGAUGCUGAACGCCUGCAUGCGGCCAUUGGUACCCUACAAAAAGUGGUUCAAUACUUUGUUGUUACGAAACCCUUUUACAACACAUCACAUCUACAGACGAUUAUUGGAAGUUUACACUCAUUGUUACACCAAAAACCCUCGAUUGGUUCUGAGUUAUCGCUGUCAGUACUGAAGCUACUUGGCACCAUCAGUUCCAUCGAGCCCUACUACAAUCAACGGGAAGAUGGCCACGACACAGCUAUGCUUCUUGGACGCCCCGAGUACAAACGCCGGUUGCCAUCUCUAUUUCAUACCAAUGUGGAGGCAGUGAUUUUAGACAAUCGGUCAUGCGAAAAGCCGCGGACGCGAUUUACAGAGAGUAUGUGGCCCGAUAUCAUUUUACGUGUACUCCUCCGAACCUUUUUUGAGGCACUUAACGGUGUGCUCACCUUUACGAAUGAGGAGUUGGGGGCGUGUUUACAGGCAACCGUGGCCAUUUUGCGUGAGAUUGGGACCUUGAGGAGUUUGGAGCAUUAUAUGCCUUCACUUCUGAGCGCUCUUGCGGGCUUAUUCUCCCGUGAUGGGGCGGAUUCCCCGCUGCGUGUGUCAACGAUGGAAAACCUUGCGGAACUUGUGCAAGUUGCUGGUCGCACAAUUGCACCCAUGUACGCACUCUUGGUGGCUUUUCUUGAACAACACUGGGUGUUCUCAUGGUAUGCGCUUCCAAGCUGCUGCAAGCUACUCAUGGCGCUUUGCAAAGCCGUCCCUGAUUUGGCGCAGGAGCACUGCGAGAGGUUUCUUUCGCUUCUUCUUGGUGAGUUGAUGCGACUUCUUGGGGAGAUUUCUUCGGCCUCUAGAAGCUCCAAACAGCAGCAGCGACAUUGCAACGUCUGCUCCAUUAAACAUGCCACUGCAGUGGAGAUGAACACGGCAACCAGCGUGAUACGUGAGGUACUGAAGGCGAUCCACUCCCUUCUUCCCAUUGCGGAUCAGUCAGCCGUCCAGUCCGCCUGCUUGGCUCUUGCACAGCUGUUGCGAAAUCCCGCAAUUACAUCUGCUCCACUGGAUCUGGCGGGUUAUAACGGCGCGCUGCACGUUUCUACCUCCUCUCUCUCUUUUUCUGCCGCUACCACCUCAGUUUUUGACGCGGACGUGAGUCAUGAUAUUGCACAGGUUCUGGUGGACUUUUUGAACGACUGUGACAUGACAACAAAGGCUACGGCGGUUGUAGAAAGUGUCUUGCUGCAGCUAUGGCAUUAUGCACAGGCCCACAAGGCAAUGCUGCAGGUUUUAGCCGAGAAGCAACAAGAACAACAGAAAUUAAAUUAUGCGCAACAACAAAAACAACAAAAACAACGACGAUAUGACCCGGAUUGUCAUUGGAGACGGCAGUUUUCGUGGUCGCGGCGUCAGGUGAGCGACGUUCAAUUGGCGUCUGUUAUGAAUCGAAGUUCAUUGGAGCAGGAGCUACGACGACGCCGUGGUGAUCAGAAGGUGUGGUUCAACUGUUCCUCGUUAGCGCGUGUGGUGAUUAUGCAGGAAACCACGGGCGACGACCCCGAGGUCAAUUAUACCCGCUCUUUUCCUUUUCGGGAGACAACUACAUCAUGGGAGUCGCCCGUUGAAAUGGACCUUCUCGCGUGUGUGUUGGUUGUGGCUGGUCGUUGCCGGCUGCCAGCCGUGUCCUACGACCUCAUGAUUGGUGAAUAUCUGAAGGAACGUUUUGAUCCGGACAGUCCGGUGGUGAGUUUUUUUCGCAACGUCACAUCACCACACUACCGCCUGUGCCUGCUGCCUCUGGGAGCUCAGAAACCACAAGCGUCACUACAGCCACCACAGCCACCGCCACCGCAGCCGCCGCCAUCAAGCUACUCAAAAGAGGAGGAAGGGCGGGGGGGAGGGAGUGCACAUCAUUUGCUGGGCCAUGUAAAUUUGGAUGCCGUGGCGCUUGAGUCGGCGGUGUCGCUGGGGAUUCAUGCCGACGGACUCCGUGAUGACAUCUCCCCCUUGGGUAGGCGUGAGGCGCCACCACACUCUACUCCGAUUCCAGUUCGGGCGCGGAAGCAGCCACUCAGAAGUUCGCGCUCCGCGUCUUUCUCCUCGCACCCGAUUGUGUCAUCGUCGUUGGCGACCUUAACAACAUCCGGUGUGAAUAGUGUGACACAAAUUUUGCUAGCCAGAGAAGUCACACCGGAAUCGGGACGGGGCAGUAUGCGAGGGACAAACUCCUCAUUGUUAGGAUGCGGCACGUACAGUGUCUCUCGUCCGGCUUCCAAUUUCCCUCCCGCCGUUUCUGUUGGAAGUGGCAGUUUUGUCAGGCAGCGGGUUUUGAAACGUCAACCGGACGUUCUUUCAAGCGGAAACAACAGCAUUGUGAACUUUGCGAUCGAGGGAGUGGUUUCUCCAGGAGAAGAGCGCCCCCUUCCGUCCAUGGAGAGGGAGGACAACAACAAGGGACAGGACGCUGCUGCCGCCGAUAUGAAUGAUCACGAUGAUGAUAACGACGAUGGGGGCUAUGAGACGGAGGAGCAGCGAUUCUUUUUGCAGCAUGAGAACCUUUCCGCAAGCGAGUGGCGACCGUGGUUUGAGCUAUUUUGCACUAUGCUUGUAGAAAGCAGUGAUCAUGUGUGUGUCAGCAUUUGUUCCACGCUUGUGAGACGGCAUUUUACAAUUUUUUCUUCGGAUUUGUUACCCAUAGCGUUUUUGUCACACCUCACAAAGUGUGACGACAGGGUUGUGCGACGAUGGAUGCGGCUUAUAUGUGACUUUGUUCAUAUGCACGAUUAUUUACCGCAGAUUAUCGCCGCGGAGUUGGCACGUUUGGCGCACCACAUUCGUUUAUACAGCUCCUCUCUUUUCUCCAGGCCUCUUGCGCGGGCCAUUGAGCAGAAUUACAUUACAUUGGACCUUCUGGUAGUGCUUGCCGAACGUGCCCUUAAUCCGCCACUCCUCUUGUUAUACACUCAGCAGCAGAUUCUCGCGGGUUUCUCAUGGGAAGCACUGGCACGUCUGCUGAUGGCAUUGGGGGAUGUUAAAUAUGAUAACGACCCACGUUGCUUCUCACGAGAUCCUCGUAUUCGUCAUGCCGCAUAUCAAUUGCUACAUGCCACAAGAAGUAAGUAUCGGAAGGGUAUUACCAACACUGACGAAAAGACAGGCGUGGGGAAAUGCAAUCAUUCCACAGAGAAAUUACCAUGGGAAAUGCGGCAAAAUCUAGACAGUGAUAAGGGUGAUGUUCUUUCUGCAUGUGUUGCCCUUGAACCUGUUGCGGAAGGGGAUGAAGAGGAAUGUAUGCCAUCUCCACUUUUUCUUGAGUUGGGGUGGUUUGAAGCGGCCUCACGUCAGUACCUGCGAUCUAUUUGGACGACUAUACGAAUUCUUUCUGGUGGCGAGAGGGGCACGACUUCUGCAUCCUCAACGAGACCGAUUUUGUCUCCAAACGAUGUUGUGGGAGCGAUGCGUUGUUACAUGCGCGUUUAUGACUUUGAGAGUAUUAUAAACAUGUGGAGGAGGAUUAAAGGUUUUCCACUGGCCCCUGAAGAGGAGUGGGCAUCGGCGUUAACGGUAGAGGAGGAGCAGCAGCAGCAAUCAUUGCAGCGUGCAUUGUUGGGGACGGCAUGGGCACCCUCAACUGGAGGGCCUGUGAUCCCACAUAUUAAACGGUAUGUUGUGUCGGCCGCACAGGCUCUCUCUCGCUGGGAAUUUGUAGAGGACAUCGAUUACAAUCAUUUGUUUGCCGACAAGCGGGACGAGCGAGACCGAUACGCCCCCAGCUUUGGAGACUUUUCCUUUUACAAACAGAUGGAGAUAUUCCGUGCCGCCGCUCUCACCGCGUCAAAGGAAUACGAAGAGGCAAAGGGAGUGUUAAGUGCCCUGCGUUCGGCUUUAAGGGAAUCAUACGCCGUUUUUCAUACAGAGAAUGCCCGAAUGAAGUUUGAGCUGAAUAUCAUGUUUCAGCAGAUAUCUGACCUUGAAGAGGGCAUAGAUGCUAUUGAACUGAAAACGGGACUUGGGGAUGGUGCUGGGAAAGUCGUGGGUACGGCUGCUUCCAUGGCUAAUCUCGCAGGAUCUGCGACGGCUGUUGGGGAUGUUGUUGGGGGUGAUAGCAGCGGUGGUGCUGCUGAGAACCGGAGAGAAAAUUCCAUUGCGACUGGCGCAAAUGGUGUGCGAGAGAGUGUGGAGCCGCAGCAGAGUAGAUGGCGUGGGAGGGUUGCGUACAGCGAGGCAACAGUGCGGCGUCUAAAGAACAUUGCUGGAAGGCCUCUUCCUGCACACAGUACGGUUUUGCAGCGGUUCGAGAUUAUUGCUCUACGGAGCACUCUUGUUUCUCCGGACUGGCAGCUGCGGAACAUUUUGGAACUCUCUGAGCGGAUUGUGCGGGAAGGUAUGCCGAAGAGGGCUGUGCGGACCAUUAACCAUUUUUAUUCUCUUCCCAUCGAUAACAAUGACACACGAGAGGAAAGGAAAUAUCGUGACACGUUGCUGCUGGAGAAGUAUCGUAUUGAGUUACAGCAUUUGUUCUGCACAAGGGAUUUGGAGUGCCUGCAUAAUGAAAUCACCGAUGGAUUGAUGCUGAGGUGCAGCAGGGGGCUCAUGCAUGCACAUGGUUUUAUGCGUGGAAAGGAAUUUGAGGAAAUGCCUGUGGAUGCCUUUUUUGGAUCCGGGCCUGUGAGUGAGGAGCAGGCAGAGUUGCUGUUGCUUCACAUUGAGUGCCAGCGCAAGUUAAAGGCGGUUUAUGAACGACGACGACACAUUUCACUGGAACCCGCACCUUUUUUUGUGCCCAAUCCGCACAUGGGUGCUGGUUCAUUGGGUGAUCUUGAAAUGAUUUUGCGCGCACGAUUUCACACCUCUUCUUCCCAUGAUGCCAACAUGCCCGAUGGGGAGGAGGAUGAAUAUAAUCCAGCCGAUGUCCUUCUUCGUGAAUACCGUAUCAUGGAGCACAUUAUUGGCUCUUCCGUCACUUUGGCAUCGGUGUGGCGGGAGUUUGGUCUGCUUUUGUUCGAUGUGUGCAUGGCUAUCUACGCCGAGUGGAACAAUACGAAGGAACCGGAGACGCUGAAGAACUUUUGUGUGCAGUCCCAAAAGGCGAUUAGUGCAUUACAGAAGUCGGUGCAGUUUUGGAGUAGUGCCGCCUCCACUUCCGUUUCUGGAAUUGGCCCCUUCACGACCGCCUCCACACGGCGCUCUCGCCACGCGCGCUCCGCAAUUCCUGCGGUGCAUCUUCUUUUGAAGGCGCUUCACCUUGCGCUGAAGCUGGAGGAGGUCGGCAUGGACAGUACGUACGUGGGCGACAAAAAUAAGAACGUCAGGAACACGUUUGGGGACGAUGCGGGUCGAGCCGCGUCUGUAGCGGCAGCGCCGGACCGAAGCGAGACAUGGGAGCGCGGCGCAGGGUUUGCGCACCUGGACUUUUCCCCCGCCAUGUAUCUUCACUGGGGAUACAUCUUGCCUUUCCUCGUGAACGCUGCGGCUCGCCACAGUAAGCUUCAUGACGCGGUGCGUGAUAUGUGUGCUCAUUCACGCGCCAUGCUCUAUCAGUGUGUGUUUCACCUUGUAUCCACCUUUGAACACCGUUAUUCCUCUAUCUUGGCGCUAGAGGCAGCCAAGCGUGACCAGACGCUCCACUAUGAGGAAAACUACCCAUGCGGCAGCUCCUCGUCACCUUUAAUUGCCCCGCAUGCAAAAACGGCACCUGCGUCAACGGCAUAUGGCGCAGAGGAGACGGCGGUUGAUGACGCCAUGAGAAGGAGGACACCUUGCCAUGCCCGAAUGACUUCCACCGAGUCCACAUACACUGUGCAUCAACAACAGCCACAGCUGCAGGGGACAGUCGUUGAAUGGAUGCCUGCGGUGGGAAAUUCUGAGCGACGUGAGGAGGGGAGGAGGGCGCAGUCCCCGAGUGACACCCACGACCACCCACAACGACAACAACAACAACAAUCUCGUUAUCAUCGUGACAUUCAUUCUUCUCACCAGCAGCAGCAACAGUGGCACUCCGCCAUGCUUCUCAAACUUGCGGAAAAUGGACCGGAGCACAAGGCGAUAAUUUCACAAACCAUGCAACUCUGUGAGUUUGUGCGAAGUGGCAAAGGGAACUCACUCUCAUUGGGAGCAUGUGCCUUGCCGGUGCCCACUUGGUUUCUUCAGCACCGCAUGGUGGAGGUCGAUACGAAUGAAUUGGAGUUGCAGAAGGGUCAACCAAAGUCGGUAAGGAGUUUUUUAAACACCACCGAUAAACAUGUGCAGACGGAGCGAGACACCGGCUCAAAGAGUCACGAUAACGCCAACGCUACGACAACCAGCAUCAACAACACCACCACUUCUUUCCCCACCACUGCCCAAGAAAGUGGCAGUAAGGCGUUACAACGCGUUUUACAUGUACGGAGAAAACUUUGUUCUUUGCCCUCGGAACGUCGGCGUGAGGAAAUUUUUCUUUUUUUUAUUUCGGAUGGAUCUGUACUGCGUUUUCACAGCAUUGGAAUGGAGGAGGACUCGGCUGCGUCAGCCAUCUCAAUGCCAUGCUCUCUCACGGAGCCCCAUGAGACACAUUCAAGGCUGGCGGAGGCUGCUCCUGCCACUUGUACAGCCACGCAUGCCGUUCCAUCUUCCAGAUUCAAGGUACAUGGGGGAAGUGAUAUGGCAUCUGGCGGCGCCCAGCCGAACCCGUUUCCUGCGACGACGGGAGGCAACAGAACGCCUCUCAUGGACCUGGUAGAGAAUUCAGCUUUCAUUCGCCCCUUGGCAGCGAUGGAAACCGCGGUAUGUUGCCUUCUUGGACAUAUUCCCAUCCGUCACGCGCGUCGACCUCUUGUGCUACCCGUUGGCAUUCAGGAGUUUAUCACCCAAUUGCCGGACCGUGCUGCCUAUUCCUCCAGUUGGCAACUGACACUACCCCCAUCCUUGCAGUUUAACUGCACAGCCUCCAUGUUACGUCAACCCUCAUCACUCUUCCACAUUAUAUCCAAGUACAAGGCCAAUUUUCAGAACCGGAAUCCGAUUCAAGCGGAAGAGUCCCAUGAACCUCACCACCAACAAGAACACCAAGAACAACAACAGCAACAGCAGCAACAACAUAAGCAGGAGGGGGUGUUUCAAAGUGGAAAAAUUCAUAACAACGACACGCCAUCGCAGCCACCACAGGAAGAAAAGGUGAAGGAACGUAUUGGGGCGAGAAGAGCUUCACGUUCUCAUCGAAAUCGGCGCGAACUUCUCACCCGCUACGAAAGUCUACUUGAAAUUGCGUUUGAUCAUGGCAAAACUGGGCCACUAUGCAGUUUUCUACACCGCGUUUUGUCUUCGAAUAAACUUUCGGAGGCGGAAUACCCUCGACCUGCAUCACAGAUGGUAAAACUUUUGGAAGAGAUUACAGAGGCGGUACAGCAGCACCUGCGAGAAGUGGAGGAGGUUCCUAAAGGGUCCGUGCCGGCUGAGAGGGAAGCGGCUCCUUUGUUUUCACUCGAGACGGGGAAUGAGGAGAAUCGGCUGGGUGAGAGACGGGGCUCAUCCUUCAUGUCCUCAAGUACAAAGGGGUGGAAGAUGAUGCAACUCCAGGCGAAACCUCUCACUAAAGUACGAAUGGCCAUUUUCAGGGCAGAAGCACCUCGGUACGCCCCACUGCUUCGUCUUGCCUUUCAAGCGGCGUCCGCCGAUGCUGCAGAAUGGUUAGAUGCAGUACACUUAUUCACUCACGAGUUGGCGGAAUGGAGCAUGCUGCAGUAUCUCUUUGAUGCAACGCAUCGAGAGAGCACCACAUUCUUCGUGGAUGUCACUUCCGGUCAUGUGGCGUCGCAUCAUAUUGGGGUACAUGCUCUUCAACCCUUACCACGGGCUCUAGUGUCUCGACACCAUCCUAGUUUCUCAACAGGCGGGUGUAGCAGGGUGGAUGAACAGGUGGAGGAGGCCACGCCGAACAAAUCGCCAUUUCCAUGCACAGAUCCAACAAUUUUUCGUCUCACUGGAUGCCUUAUAUCACCGCUACCAUUACGAUGUCCCUACAGCGUUUUUCUUGGCGCGGCAACACAGUUUCUUUACUCCACUCUGCGCUACAGUCGUGAUCUUGCCGGCAUUGCAAAGUUUGGCCUUCAAGAUAUGAAAUGUUUUGCUUGGCGUGGCGCUCUUUUUCUACAGCCUCCCCCUGGCGAUGGCAUGGAUAUGGACAUAACAACUGAGAGCGGGAGUGUGACAAUUUUGCCAGAGGUACCAAACCGGGAAAUUGGUCGACUUGUGACGACGGCAUUUGUGUUCCAACCCCCUGAUAUUUCUACGAAUCUAUCUGUCGUGGCGAUGUCAUUGGGAGAAUUCCCCGGCACUCCGCCUGUGGAAGGGGCGGCUCAGACGAUGGGUCUGAACGCCAUGGUGGAACGACUCUCCCUCAUCUCGAGUCCAACCAAAGUGUCUGAGACCACCGUCACGAUACCUGGCGGCGGUGUUGUGCAGGAACCUCUGAUGCAACCGGCAAAAUCGGAGGCGAAUUGUGAGUUGGAGCGUAAACGCACUUCUGCCGUCGCGACGACGGCCACAGACAUUGGCGCCACCGUUGCCGUGACGAAACGAAAAGCAACGGCAGCAACAACAAUUUCAGCGAUGGAGGCGGCACGAAAAAUGUCCUUUUCCACAAUUAAUACCGCAGCAUUGUAUACAUGGGGGGCGAGGAGGACGACUUUACACCAUCUUUCUUUUACUCCACGAAUUUUUGAUGUUUCCUCCAUCAUAUUGAAGCUCAUGGAUGACCGGAUACCCAUGCUUGAUGAACCUAUCGUUACUGUUUUUGAUGAUCCUCAAUUUACACGCUCUGAAGAACUUAUUCAGCUUUAUCCCAGCGAAAAUAGUACAAUUAAGUUUCAUGAAACCCCGACAAAAGAGGCAGAUGACACAAUGGCGGAUCAAUACCAUUGCGAUGUAGUAGAAAAUAUUGAAGAGAGAGUAAAGCAGCUUAUUUGUUCUGCUGUUAGCCAGGAGAAUCUUUUAGGGACUCCAGAGACCCCGCAUCGUUGGUCUAGUUGGGCUCCCCAGUGGUAG